AUGGCCCCACCUACAACAUCCAAAAAGCAUGCUCCAGACAACCAUGGACUUUACGAUACGGACAAGAUCACCCUCAAUGUUCCAGCUACAGGCGAUGGAGGUCGUCCCCCAGCGAUCAAGCACAUGUCUGCCCCAGCAUAUCAGAGCCCACUGCGGCACCACCGCCGAACCAACUCUAGGAACAGACAAGUCAAAACCACGCUCAACGCUACGACCGAGUACAGCAACAGCGAGGACGACGGCACUUCCUACCACCGCAUCAACCAAUACACAAUCAAGCAGGAGAUAGGGCGCGGGUCGUUCGGCGCAGUACACCUGGCCGUGGACCAGUACAACCAAGAAUAUGCUGUCAAGGAGUUCUCGAAGUCGCGAUUACGUAAACGCGCGCAAUCGAAUUUGCUCAGGAGACCGGACGCCAGAAAGCGAGCGGGCCAUCUCGCGGCAGGGAUUGGCUUCAACUCCCCGCUAAUGAGCUCUGGCUCGGAUUCGAACAACUCGCUGGGUUUGAUCAAGGAAGAAAUCGCUAUUAUGAAGAAGCUCAACCACCCGAACCUCGUCUCACUGAUCGAAGUGCUUGAUGAUCCCGACGAGGACUCGCUUUAUAUGGUUCUGGAGAUGUGCAAGAAGGGCGUGGUCAUGAAAGUGGAGAUCGAUGACCCAGCUGAUCCGUAUGACGAAGAGCAGUGUAGAUGCUGGUUCCGAGACAUGAUUCUUGGAAUCGAGUACCUACAUGCUCAAGGCAUCAUCCAUCGAGACAUCAAACCCGACAAUUGCCUCAUAACUGAAGACGACGUGCUGAAGAUUGUUGAUUUCGGUGUAUCAGAGAUGUUUGAAAAGGAGUCAGAUAUGAACACAGCCAAGUCUGCCGGAUCACCGGCCUUCAUGCCACCCGAGCUAUGCGUCGCGAAGCAUGGUCACAUUAGCGGGAAAGCGGCAGACAUCUGGUCCAUGGGCAUCACCCUCUAUUGUCUGCGCUUUGGCAAGAUACCGUUCCAGAAGGCGGGAAUGCUGGAACUGUACGAUUCGAUACGAGAAGACAGGCUUGACAUUCCUCCGGACUGCUCAGAUGAUCUUCGGGAUCUGCUUAGUCGAGUGUUGGAGAAAGACGCGCAAAAACGUAUUCGCAUGAAUGAGCUCCGCGAGCAUCCCUGGGUUACCAAGAGAGGAACGGACCCGCUGUUAUCCAAAGAGGAGAACAUAUCCGUUCUCGUCGACCCUCCGACAGAAGAGGAACUGAAUGCAGCUAUCACUGGCAAUAUGGGACACCUAAUGGCUGUUAUGAAAGCGGUGAAGCGCUUCAAGCAGCUCCUGUUCAAGAAGCGUCCAGACCUCAUGCAAGGCAUCCUUGGUUCGGCGUCUCGCAUAGUGCAGCCACCUCUUUCCAUGCGGUCGUACAACGUGCAUCGCAGGUCACGGAGCUUCGACACGGAUGAUCGGCGGGCUGUCGAGAGCGCCCUAGUCCGAGAAGGCGUCCACCGCGAGAUACCGAUUUCACACAAUCUUAUCCGUCAACCAGAAGAGGUGAACAAGAAAGCGAUCUUCUCUGAAGACAACGCACCACGAGACUGGAAACCGAAGAGCAAGCAGAACGAAGCCUCCUCGAAACCAGAACCUAAAUCCCCGAAGGUCGAACCCGUCCCGGCCGCAGAGCGACACCACCGCAAAGAAACGAGAAAAGGCCAAGCCCACGACCCGCUGGAAGACACUCUGUUCCUCGACAUUCAUGUCCCGGAGUCCGCAUCAGACGACACUACAGCGGAUCCCGAGCGCCCGCACAUCGUCUUGGAGUCUCCCGCCGCAGCAGAUGUCAAUGUCUACGAGCAAGCCUACAAAGAAGAAAUCAACAAGAUAUUGAAAGCAAAGGGCGAGAGAGCGACGUUGUAUCUGACCCGCCGCGUCGAAGGAAGCAAAGACAUUAGCGAGAACGAACAUCUGAUCGGUGGUGCGGAAGACGAUGCCGAUCCACCCAAGUCCGGGCUGGCCAAGUUGUUGCAGAAAGCUAAGGCGAACGUGGAGGCUCGAAAUCAGGCGGCAGAGACGACAGAUAAUACGGAAGAGUCGCGUGACGAUGCCGGGGCGAAGCAAGAGGGUGAGGGUGGAGUGUGA